CCAUGCAGUUCUUCACCAAGGGCUACCAGGAGACCAUCUCGGAUGUUCUGAAUGACGCCAUCUUUGAUGAAGAUCAUGAUGAGAUGGUAAUUGUGAAGGACAUAGACAUGUUCUCAUUGUGUGAGCAUCACCUCGUUCCAUUUGUUGGAAAGGUACAUAUUGGCUAUCUUCCUAACAAACAAGUACUUGGCCUCAGCAAGCUUGCUAGGAUCGUGGAAAUAUACAGUAGAAGAUUACAAGUCCAGGAACGCCUUACCAAACAAAUUGCAGUAGCCAUCACAGAAGCCCUGCAGCCUGCUGGAGUUGGAGUGGUUAUUGAAGCUACGUAA